AGGGUCAGUGCUGCACCCCCAGCUUCGGAACAGUCUCUUGGAGGAACCCCUUCCAUGCGCCAGACCCCCUGGGGGUCUCAUUCUUCCUUCAGGGUAAGCCUUGCGGCCUCACCAGCUCCUGAGACUGAUCCUCUGGGGGUCCCGCCCUCCUGCUUCACGCUGAGGCAGACGCUGUCCACUCUGCGGCGGUUAAUGCACCGCAGCCAGUGUUUGCAGUGACACUCGGGCAGCGGAUGUCAGCGCAGUCGGGUGGGUGUAUUCGUUAGCCGGGACACAGCACAGGCUGUCUUUGGGCUCUGCUUUAACCUUCAGUUCUCUGUGCUCCCCUAAGUCCAUCCUGGUCAGCCCAGAGCCCAGCCCAGCCCAGCUCUGUCUGUGUCUCCAUCUCACCUCCCUGGUCAGAUCCCAGGUGAGAGCCCCUGACUGCUUCCAGCAGCCGGCUCUUCUCCCCACCUCGCCAGCCCUUUGUCGGGGGGAUAGUGCCCCGCCUCCCUGCUGAGAGGUGAGGAAAUCCCCCACCCCCAUGCUGGUUGCUGGGGGUGAAUGCCCUGGUGACUGGAUUUGCCGUUAUCCUUGGGGAUUCUCCAUUGAUUUGGGGUUGGCCUGGGUCAGUCCUUUGUGAUGACUGAGGUUAAGAUUUAGUCAGGGCCAGGUCGUGGGCAAUAAACGUGAAUUCACUGAAGCCCGUGACCUGCCCCUGACUUUGACUAGACAUAGCCCUGACAAAUGGGGAGGGAGGGUUCAGCACCCCCCACUUCUCGGCUCCAGGGUCCCCCCACUCCUGCUGCGGUGAGUGGGGGCUCCAGGGUCCCCCAUGCAGUGGCUGGGAGCUCUGGGGUCCCCCCACCGCCUGUGGGUCCCCCUGCUGCCCAUGGUGGCUGGGAGCUCCGGGGUUCCCCCAGCAGAGCGGGGUCUGGAAGCUGGGCGGGGCAGCUGGAGCUCCUGGGUCCCCCUGCUGUCCCGCUGCGGGUGGGGGACCCGGGCAGAAGGUGGCACGGAAGUUGCUGAAAUCACAGAUUCCAUGAUCUCCGUGACAUAAUCGUAGGCUUAGUGAUGACCCACCGUAGCUCAGAAGGCUGGGGGCACCCACACCUGUCUCUUCGCUUGCCCUGAGCACAAACAGUCCAUCCCCCCCUUCCCCCCACUGGAUAACAAUGCAGCAUAUAGGGGAAACUGAGGCAUACAUAAGGGUCAUAAACAUUUCCCACUUUGUCCCAGGCACCUAGUGAAGUGGGCAGGGGGGGCAGCAUGCUGUGUGCCAGCUGCAGUGCAUGUUGGGGGUGGAGUCCCUGUGGGUUGCGAGGGGGGGGUCCUGCCCCUGGAGGGCCCCCCCGUUCCCUCCCUGCAUGCUGGCUGUUUGUCUGUUUGGGGGGGUGCUAACUGUCCCCGUGUCUGUCCCAGGCUGCCUGUUCGACAGGAGACUCUGCUCCCAGCAGGAGGUCUGUGUGCAGGAUGGCUUGUUUGGGCAGUGCCAGGAAAGCGCGGCCCGCGACAGGCCCUACUUCCAGGUCACCUCGCCGGUGCUCCAGCGCCUGCAGGACGUGUUGCGCCGCCUCACGGCACAAGGGUUGUCGUGGCAGGAUGACAUCACACAGUACGUGAUCUCCCAGGAGAUGGAGCAAAUUCCCAGGCUGCGUCCGCCCCCUGCACGGGAACCAGUGGCCAAGGAGAGGUUCUCACUGCUGCAUGCCGCUCCCCGGAUGGCCCUGUUCCCGUCAGAGCUCAGUCAGUUGGGCAGCGCCCUGCAGAUGGCUCCGCGCCCGCUGCCAGCCAGUGCCAAGAAGUCCCCGCGCCUGGAACCGCUGCCCCCCGCCCUGCUGCAGCGAUACCUGGAGCUUCUGCUGCUGGGCCCCCCGCCUGAGCUGGGCUAUGAGGAAGGCCUGCUGCACCCCUAUUCGUACCACAAGUUUGGCUACCAGGAUGGUGCGCGGCAGCUGAGCCCUAUCCGGGGCAAUUCGGCCAGGCAGAGCCCUGAGCCCCCCGCUCUCCUUGGCAGAGCCCCUGCCCAGGCCUCCCAAGCCCUCUUUGGGGCCAGCCCCAUCCCUUCCUAUGGGGGGCAGCCAGGGCUGGACGGGGGGCAUCUCUUCCAGGACCUGGGCAUGCUCUACCUGCCGAGAGAGAAGGCAAGCCGGUUGGCCCCUGCCAGCAUGAAGGCCCAGCACGGCCAGGGGCUCCCCCCGGACUACGCCGAGCCCGACGAAGAGAACAGACAGCAGCAGCCUGCCCUGGGUCCCCAGGUGCAGUCAGAUGCAGCCCUGCAGAGACUUGUGGCGGUGCUGGCCGACUACGGGGUGGGGCUGCAGGACCUGAGUCCCCAGCAGCUCGGCAGCCUCUCCGCCCUGCUGCAGCUGCUCCAGCGCCCCGGUGGGUUUGGCCAGGAGGCUCCGGAGGCCAAGCGGGUGACGGAAGGGGAAAUGCAGCACGGGGAGGAGCCGGAGCCACCCCCGUCCACGGUGCCUCCCCCUGAGAAUCCAGCCAGUGCCGCCUCCCGGACGGAGGGGCCGAGAUGGGAGGAGGUGGCUGGCCCGGCACGGGGCAGUGCCAGGCCUACGUCGGCGUCCCAGGCUGAACUGCAGGCCCCGGGGCAGGCUGCGCCCAGGGACCCCGCCGCAGGGGACGUGCUCCAUCUCCCAGUGGAGAAGAAGAGCUACACGGAGCCCAGGGGCCAUGGCGGGAAGGGGGAGCAGCCGGAGCCCCGGCCCGCUGAGGAGUACGGCUACAUCGUCACUGACCAGAAGCCGCUGGGCCUUGCUGUCGGUGUCCGGCUGCUGGAGAUCCUGGCUGAGCGCGUCCACCUGUCCACGGCCACAUUCAUCAACAUCAGUGUCGUGGGCCCAGCUCUCACCUUCCGGAUCCGGCAGAACCAUCAGAACCUGUCGCUGGCGGAUGUGACCGAUCAGGCCGCGAUGGUGAAGUCGGAGCUGGAGGCCGAGCUGGGGCUCAAGAUUGUGCAGAUGGGCGUGGGGCAGCGCAAUGAGGCCACCCCGUACCCGCACCCCUCGCACUUCGGCGACACCUUCCACUCCGUGCUGCUCACCUUCCUGGCCCUGGCCUGCGUGGCGGGCGUGGUCAUCGCCGCCGCCAUCGUCUUCUGCCUGCGCCAGCAUGCCAAGCAGCGCGAGAAGGACCGGCUGGCGGCCCUGGGGCCCGAGGGCACCGGGGACAGCACCUUCGAGUACCAGGAGCUGUGCCGGCAGCACAUGGCCGCCAAGUCGCUCUUCGGCCGCGCGGACGCCCCCCCGGCCCCAGCCGAGAACUCCCGGGUCAGCAGCGUCUCGUCCCAGUUCAGCGACGCCCCCCAGGCCAGCCCCAGCUCCCACAGCAGCACGCCGUCCUGGUGCGAGGAGCCGGUGCAGUCCAACAUGGACAUCUCCACCGGCCACAUGAUCCUGGCCUACAUGGAAGACCACCUGAGGAACCGCGACCGGCUGGCCAAGGAGUGGCAGGCUCUGUGCGCCUACCAGGCUGAGCCCAGCGUCUGCACUGCCGCCCAGAGCGAAGCCAACCUGAAGAAGAACCGCAACCCCGACUACGUGCCCUACGACCACGCGCGGAUCAAGUUGAAGGCCGAGAGCAACCCAUCCCGCAGUGACUUCAUCAACGCCAGCCCUAUCAUUGAGCACGACCCACGGAUGCCGGCCUACAUCGCCACGCAGGGGCCCCUCUCGCACACCAUCGCCGACUUCUGGCAGAUGGUGUGGGAGAACGGCUGCACGGUGAUCGUCAUGCUGAGCCCGCUGGUGGAGGACAGCGUCAAGCAGUGCGAUCGCUACUGGCCCGACGAAGGCUCCUCCCUCUACCACAUCUACGAGGUGAACCUGGUCUCGGAGCACAUCUGGUGCGAGGACUUCCUGGUGCGUAGCUUCUACCUGAAGAACGUGCAGUCGCAGGAGACCCGCACUCUGACCCAGUUCCACUUCCUGAGCUGGCCAGCAGAGGGCAUCCCCACCACCACCCGCCCCCUCCUGGACUUCCGCAGGAAGGUCAACAAGUGCUACCGGGGUCGCUCCUGCCCUGUUAUCGUGCACUGCAGUGACGGGGCAGGCAGGACCGGGACCUACAUCCUCAUCGACAUGGUACUAAACCGAAUGGCCAAAGGAGUGAAGGAGAUUGACAUCGCCGCCACGCUGGAGCAUGUCCGUGAUCAGAGGCCCGGCAUGGUGCAGACUAAGGACCAGUUUGAGUUUGCGCUGACGGCCGUGGCAGAGGAGGUCAAUGCCAUCCUGAAGGCGCUGCCCCAGUGAGACGGUCGCCUCGCCUCCAGCCCCGUCGCGCCCGCCUCCUCCCGGGCGCUGCCCCAUGUGCUUCGAGCGCCCGCCCGCUGGGGUCACUCGCCCCUGUAAUGUCGUGUCUGUGAUGCUGGUCGCCUGCCCUCGCCCCAGUGUGCUGCCCGGGCCACAGCUGGGCCCGGAGGAGGGGGCGGCAGCUUGGGCCCGCUGGCGGAUGGGGGGCUGCACCAACUGCCCUGAGAGGUUAAGAUGGGACUGUGCUGCCCCUCCAUCUGCCCCUGCAUGCCCAGUGCCUGCCUGCCUCCUGUCUACAGGUGCCCACGCACAGCCCCUGCCCCGGGCUCCUCCUGUGUGUGUGUCUAGUCACACUGCCCCUGCACAGCCCCACGGUACCCAGGCCUUGCCCAUGGCCAGGGAAGGUCUGACCCAGCAUGGGGUGGUUCUGAGCUCUGCCAGGAGCCUGCACCCGCUGGGCAGGACGGGUCUGGGAGCAGCCCCUGUCCUUGCUUCUCCUGGCCCCGGGAGCUCUGCUGCUCCGUGCCGCCCCCCCCACCUGUCUCAUUCCCUGGGGAUGGACCCUUCCCCCCACACUUCCUGGGGCAAGAGGUGACACAGCUGGAGCAAUCCUUGCCCAGCCAAGCGCACCCUGGGGGGUGGCAGCCUGGCUGGGGAACCCUCCCCCCACGUGGGUCAAUCAUCGUCAAUCGAGCAGAAGAGAAAUUUCUAGAGAAAUAUAAUUUUGUAUCUUGAUGUGAAUAAAGUUCUCGUGUCGCAUUUGUGCAGCUGCA